AUGUCAUACCCGCGCCCAAAAGAUGAGCCGGGUCAAUCAACCCUGCGCAGAGAGCGAGCGCCGACCAUUACCAUCGACACCUCGGCCGUGAACUCAUCCGAUACCGAACACCCUCCCAUCCAGAUCCUCUCUGGGGGAUCACAGACCUAUACCGAGAACGCACAGGCCCCCGACACAACCGCACUGCUAAACAAUAGCAGUGUCUCUCCCACGGAUUUACGGUCCACACCCUCGAUUCGCUCCAAUGCCUCCUCCGAAGCUCGUGACCGAGAGAGUUGGCCAACCUCACCCCACAACGUCUCAUCACCCAAGAUGAGGGCGCCUGAGGCACAUUCGAACUUCCUUUCAGUCCCUGGAACACGCUCCCGCGGGAACUCCUUGGAGUCGGACGAGACUGGCCAAACAUCGAGCACGUACGGCGGUGAGACGUAUGUGCCCUCAACAUCGCACGAAUCAAGGUCUGAUUUGGCCAAGAACGCUGCCAUAAAUGACAUACACGAUGAGGAUGUCCUGAAACCAGACCCCGGCCGUGAAUCCGAAUUUGAGGUCGAGGACAACAAGUUCGCGUUCUCCCCGGGUCAGCUGAACAAGCUGCUCAAUCCGAAAAGCUUCGGCGCCUUCUAUGCGUUGGGAGGCCUGCGAGGAUUAGAAAAAGGACUCCGAACUGAUGUAAAAAGUGGCCUGAGCGUUGAUGAGACAACCCUUGACGGAACAGUCGGCUUUGACGAGAUUGUCCCACUUGCCUCACCUGCCUCACCAGAUCAGAUACCCAAGGCGGCCUCUCCGAAUACAUCGCCACCACCCGCCACGGAGGGUUCCAUCACCACACAAAACGGGGAAAAUUUUGUCGACCGCCGACGUAUCUUCGGAGAUAACAGGCUUCCGGAGAGGAAGUUGAAGACUAUCUGGGAGCUUGCAUGGAUUGCCUACAACGAUAAGGUCCUGAUUUUGUUGACGGUUGCGGCUGCAGUUUCCCUUGCUGUGGGAAUACCGCAAUCGCUCCAUCCAGCACAUCCUGAUGAACCUGGCGUUGAAUGGGUCGAAGGUCUGGCCAUUCUCGUGGCCAUAAUAAUUGUGGUUACGGUUGGUGCAGCGAAUGAUUGGCAAAAGGAACAACAAUUUGCAAAACUGAACAAAAAGAAAGAGAAUCGACAGGUCAAGGUAACGCGAUCUGGCCGUACAGAGGAAAUUUCCAUUCACGACGUCUUGGUUGGCGACCUGAUGCUUCUGGAACCUGGUGAUAUGGUCCCAGUUGAUGGGAUCUUGAUCGAAGGCCACGACCUCAAGUGCGACGAAUCUUCGGCUACUGGUGAGUCCGACGUUCUUCGCAAAACUCCGGGGGAUGAAGUGUACCGGACAAUCGAGCAACACGAAGACCUGAAGAAGAUGGAUCCUUUCAUCAUUUCUGGUGCCAAGGUCUCCGAGGGCGUUGGCACCUUUUUGGUCACAGCGACCGGUAUGCACGCUACCUUCGGGCGGACGAUGAUGUCCCUCCAGGAGGAGGGCGAGACAACGCCUUUGCAAACGAAGCUCAACACAUUGGCUGAGCACAUUGCCAAACUUGGUCUCGCGUCUGGUUUGUUGCUGUUUGUGGUUCUUUUCAUCAAAUUUUUGGUUCGUCUCAAGGAUAUCGAGGGUGGUGCGGACGCCAAAGGUCAAGCAUUCCUGCAGAUUUUCAUCGUUGCUGUUACAAUCGUCGUCGUUGCAGUACCCGAAGGAUUACCACUGGCUGUCACGCUCGCUCUGGCCUUUGCCACAACACGAAUGCUCAAAGACAACAACUUGGUUCGCUAUCUCAAAGCUUGCGAGACUAUGGGUAACGCUACCACGAUUUGCUCUGACAAAACUGGAACCUUGACAGAGAAUAAGAUGACCGCGGUGGCUGCGACUUUGGGUACCACCUCUCGGUUCGGAAAGUAUUCUGGUGUCUCGUCCGAUGAUCAAAGUGAGAUCAACCCCUCCGAAUUUGUCUCUACUCUAUCGCCGUCGGUGAAGGAUGUCCUCCUGCAGUCGAUUGUCUACAACUCAACCGCAUUCGAAGGCGAAACAGAUGGAGUUAAGACGUACAUUGGAUCCAAGACAGAGACCGCCCUAUUGACUUUCGCCAGGGAUUACCUCGGAAUGGGGGUCCUUAGUGAAGCGAGAGCAAACGGCAAGCUCGCCCAGAUGUUCCCAUUCGACUCCGGUCGCAAAUGCAUGGCAGUUGUAAUCCAAAUGGAGAAUGGAAAAUACCGGAUGCUAGUCAAGGGUGCCUCUGAGAUUCUCGCCGCCAAGUCGACUCGUAUCGUCCGAGACCCCACUGACUCUCUGUCGGAGGCUCCUGUUACCGACGAGAACAGGACGUCACUAGACAACGUCAUGAACAACUACGCCACUCGCUCUCUCAGAUGCAUUGCCCUGGUCUACCGUGACUUUGAUCAAUGGCCACCUCGUGGGGCUCCUACAUCGGAAACCGAUCGCAACCAGGCUGUCUUCGAACCUGUCUUCAAGGACAUGGUAAUGUUAGGAAUCUUUGGUAUUCAGGACCCCGUCCGGGCAGGUGUGGCCGAGGCAGUAUACACCUGUCAACGAGCUGGAGUGUUUGUCAGAAUGGUGACGGGUGAUAAUAUUGUAACCGCCAAGGCUAUUGCGCAAGAGUGUGGUAUCUACACACCUGGCGGUAUCGCCAUUGAGGGACCCAAAUUCCGCAAGCUGAGCACACGUCAAAUGAACCAAAUCAUCCCAAGGCUCCAGGUCAUCGCCCGCUCUAGCCCUGAGGAUAAGAAGAUCCUGGUCAACCAACUCAAGAAGCUUGGAGAGACUGUUGCUGUCACUGGAGAUGGUACCAACGAUGCCCAGGCCCUCAAGAAUGCCGAUGUUGGUUUUGCCAUGGGUAUUACUGGUACCGAAGUUGCCAAAGAGGCCUCUGACAUUAUCCUUAUGGAUGACAACUUCUCCUCUAUCGUCAAGGCUAUGGCAUGGGGUCGCACCGUCUGUGACGCCGUCAAGAAAUUCCUUCAGUUCCAAAUCACUGUCAAUAUCACCGCCGUCAUUCUCACCUUUGUCUCUGCAGUCGCUAGUGAUAGUGAGGACUCAGUGCUUAGUGCAGUACAGUUGCUGUGGGUCAAUUUGAUCAUGGACACAUUUGCCGCUCUCGCUUUGGCAACUGACCCACCUACGCCAACAGUGCUUGACCGCAGACCUGAGUCGAAAUCCGAUCCGCUCAUUACUUUGACAAUGUGGAAGAUGAUCAUUGGACAAUCCAUUUAUCAGCUGGUUGUGACUUUCGUGCUGAAUUUUGCUGGGGAUAAGAUAUUCUCUUGGGAUCAUAAGCAUCUGCAGACUGUCGUUUUCAACACUUUCGUCUUUAUGCAAAUUUUCAACCAGUACAACUCCCGUCGGGUUGACAAUAAGCUCAACAUUCUGGAGGGAAUUUGGAAAAAUCGUUGGUUCAUUGGCAUUCAGCUUAUCAUUAUUGGAGGUCAAAUCUUGAUCAUCUUUGUUGGUGGCGCUGCUUUCUCCGUCAAGCGUCUUAACAAAGGCUCGCAGUGGGCUGUGAGUCUUGUGCUUGGAGCACUCUCCUUACCAAUCGCCGUGGUCAUUCGUCUUAUUCCGGAUGAACUCGUUGCCAGACUUGUCCCCCACUUCUGGCAUCGCGAGAAGGGUCCCGAAUUAGUCAUUUCAGACGAGGACCGCCACUACGAGUGGAAUCCCGCCCUGGAAGAAAUCCGCGAUCAGCUCGCCUUCAUCAAGCGCGUCCGCGGUGGACGUCUGCGACACAUCCGCCAUAAGCUGCAACAUCCCCAGGAACUUCUUCCUCGGUCCCGCAGUGGCUCCCGCUCGCGUGAUUCCUCCGUCCCACCUACACCGAGGGGCGACAACGACAAUGACACCGGCAGCCCGACACCACAAUCGACGACCCCAGAGUCUCGGUCCAGACGAAACACACGAUCGCGAUCGAACUCGGCGUUCGGACCCGCUGCUGCUAUGGCAGGUAUCGUUGCCGGUAGUAUUGCCGGGUGGUCUCCCAUCGAGCGAGGCCACAACGAGCCCGAAAUCACCUUCCCGACAAACGGUGGCCCUCACUGCGGCCUUGAUCGCGAGCAAGGCAUUGAAGUGCACCCGGAUACCGCAGCUGAUGACCGUAUCUUGAACGAGUACUCCGCUACCUCCAAAAUUCCCCCGAGCCAGAACCCAGAUCUAAUUCCAUUCUUCGAGCAUGCUCCCCCGAUGCACCGCGCGCCCUCUAGCCGUGGCCGUCGCUCUCUGUCUCAGCGGUCGAGAUCAAGAUCGAGCAUCAGUCAAUCCCACGUCUGA